AUGGCUGGAUCGGUUCUGUUAGCGUUAGCGUGGGCGGCGCCAAGAAGCUCUUCAAAGGCAACGAGCCCACCGAGGAGCUGCCCAACGCUGCCUCCAGUGCCAUCCGCCAACAACCUCCCUGUUAUGGCCACCGUCGCUGCCGGUAGCAAGCUCGAUGUGUUCUGGCAGACGCUCACGGGCUCCGGCUUCUGGUUCCAUGAUGUUGGUCCCAUGAUGGCCUAUAUGGCGGACUGUGGCGGCAAUUGUGCUCAAUUUGACGCCAGCAAGGCCAAGUGGUUCAAAAUACAAGAACAGGGCAUGGAUGCGAGCGGUAAAUGGGCUCAGGCAAACCUUGACAAUGGCUCUCCAGCGACCGUAACCAUUCCGGCGAACCUCAAGGCGGGCAAUUAUCUCCUCCGACACGAAAUCAUCGCCCUCCACACUGCGCAGUCUCAAGGCGGUGCAGAGUUUUACCCUGGCUGUGUGCAGCUCAGUGUCACUGGCGCAGGCAAGGGUGUGCCAAGCGACAGCGAGACCGUCAAGCUUCCUAGCGCAUACAAACCGACUGACGCUGGGAUCCUCAUUGACGUCUAUAACAUGAAGGGCGCCUACAAAUUUCCAGGCCCAGCCGUGGCCUCUUUCAUUGGUGGUGGAUCUCCGGCCCCAGCACAGGGUGGCUCUGAUGAUAACACUACCGAGAAGCCGUCCUCCCCCGCCACCACAAAGAAGAGCACUUCCCCUCCUGCAAGCUCUACCACCAAGAAAGCUUCGUCUCCGGCUUCCUCUACCACGAGUGUCGCAUCCGCGGUACCGACGAAAUCUGGCUCAGCUUCCUGUCGGGCGAAACGUUCCCACCACCGCCGUCAAGAGGUUGUCGAUGUCCGCGAGGAAGUCCGUCGUUCCCGGGUUCGCCACAUGCAUCGGGCUGGCGUUGCCCGUUCCUUCUGA